UUUGCUUCCCACAACACUGCCAAGUGCCAAACACACCUAUUCGCCUCCCUCCCAUUCCCAACUGAGCGUCUGAGCCACUGAGCAGACCGUCUCGUCUCGAGAGCCUUCUCCUCCCAAUGGCCAAGCACCAGCACGUUGCCUCCCUCCUGCUGCUACUGAUGGCGGUCGCCGUAACCACGGCCCCGCCGUCAGCGGCGUUCCUGGUCCAACCCCAGCCGAACCUCCUCACGUACCACAACGGCGCCGUGCUGAGCGGCGACAUCCCCGUCUCCAUCCUAUGGUACGGCCGCUUCACGCCGGCGCAGAAGGCCGUCGUCUCCGACUUCCUCCUCUCCCUCUCCGCCGCGCCGCGGGGGACGACGCCGUCGUCCCACGCCCCGUCCGUCGCGCAGUGGUGGAGCAGCAUCAACCGGCUCUACCUCUCCAAGGCGGCGGCCGUCGGCAAGAACGGCGCACGCGGCGGCGCCGCCGCCGGGAACGCGCGGGUGGUCCUGGCCGGGCAGGUCUCGGACGAGGCGUGCUCGCUGGGAAAGAGCCUGAAGAUGUCCCAGCUCCCGGCGCUGGCGGCCGCGGCGCGCCCCGCCAAGGCCGGCGGCAUCGCGCUGGUGCUCACGGCGCGGGACGUGGCGGUGGAGGGCUUCUGCGCAAGCCGGUGCGGGCACCACGGGUCGUACGGCGGCGGCGGCGCGGGGUCGUCGUCCCACGCGGCGUACGCGUGGGUGGGGAACCCUGCGGACCAGUGCCCCGGGCAGUGCGCCUGGCCGUUCCACCAGCCGACGUACGGGCCCCAGGCGCCGCCGCUGGUGCCGCCGAACGGGGACGCCGGCAUGGACGGCGCGGUGACCAACCCGUUCGGGGACGGGUUCUACCAGGGCGACCGCGGCGCGCCGCUGGAGGCCGCCACGGCGUGCGCGGGCGUCUACGGCAGCGGCGCCUACCCCGGGUACGCCGGGCGGCUGCUGGUGGACGCGGCGACGGGCGCCAGCUACAACGCGCUCGGCGCGCGCGGGAGGAAGUACCUGCUCCCGGCGUUGUUCGACCCCGACACGUCGGCGUGCUCCACGCUGGUGUAGCCGCCGUAGACCACCCGAUCGUGCCGAGGCGACGGACCUCCAAAUUAAAAAGAAACUGUUUCUCAAGUGUUGCUAUCUGUGUAAAUACUGUACAGUACAGUGAGUAUCAUCGUGCGUACGUAGCUGCCGGGCAGUGCUACUGCUAAAUAAAGGGCCUGUAAAUUAACUUGUACGUAGUAUCGUGUAUUCGUGUACCGCAGCUGCCAUGUACGGUGGAGCUCAGGAAGCUUAUCGGCUAGGGGAUGAGGUCCUGAGCAAGACGACGCCACGCC